AUGCAAUCGAGUAGACAUAUCGCUACAACGAUUUUCAAUAACUAUGGAUGGCAUUUACAAUGGCCACGUAUCUGGAUUGCCAGUCUUGGAACAAUCUUACUUUGUCUUUCUUUUAACAUUCUCGGCAUGGAAAUUGGACAUACAAUUAUUGAUGCACGUCGAUCGACAGCAUUCGGUGGAUUCAUUAUUUUCGUACCUCUGACGACUAACUCGAUAUGUGUUCUUAUCACAGUAUGUUUACCAAAGUUAUUUUGGCGUCGGAUUACUUUGAUCUUGUGCUUUUGUAUGAUUUUGUUAUGUGUUGGAUUGAUCGCCUACGAUAUUCUCGUUCUCAUCGAUCCAGCACGCUGUUUUUUUAUAAGUUGUCCGUAUGAUGAAAGUCUAACUGCUUGGUCGGACUCCCUUCGAAUGUCCAAGCGUUUCCUUGAAAGUGUUCAACUAGUUUGCGCUUGUCUGUGUAUUCUAUGCUGCUCGUUGUAUAUUCUGGCCUACUUCGCCUAUCGCCAUUUCAAUUUGCAUCGAUCCGUUGUCUAUGAAUCUUCCGAUGUAUCAACAACAUCAAUCUACGCACCUUAUUCAUAUCCACAUUGUAAACAGCUAGCAACCGAUUCAAACGUUGAAUUUGAAUAUGCGCUCAUAUCACAACAAACUGAAACGAGAAACUCUUUCCCAGUUCAAUGCACUGCAUCAUCCCAUCAGCAUCAGAUGUGUCGACGAUGUAUGAAACAACCACAACUGAUGCUAACAAGCGGACAUCCUGAGCAAAAUCAGUUUUCAUACGUAUGUGCUAGUUGCCAUAAUGAAUUGAUGAAUUAUCAACAUAAACUACCGAUUGUUUAUCAAAUAAAAGUGCCGAUGCGGACAUUAUGUUAA